AUGGCAACUGUUGCUACGGCGAGAAUGAUUCGCGGUCAACCGCCUUCCCCACCUCAUUCUACUGAUGGAGACCCUGCACCUGAAGUUCAUCGAAACUCCUGUGGCACGCUCCAGCAAACUUAUAGUCAGCACAACCCUUAUGCUUCUUCAAUGUUACAUGGAAACCGUGCGCCUGGGGAGAUUUCAUACGAACACAGAUCUCACUCUCUGGACUACACUCCUCCUUCAUCAUCGGAGUACGUCUCUUCCGGUGACUACUCUCGGUCCCUGUCAAUGCAAGCCCCAAUGGCAACAAAUGGCCUUCAAGUCAACACGCCCCCUUCUGCUGCAGACGAGGGCCUAGUAUCAGACUCUGUACCACAGUGGAGCUCGCCGCCAUCCCAGAGACAGGUGACAAGGGCAAGGGUAGCCAGGUCGCCUAGAGUGCGUCGCAGGAAUAGGAAUAAGAAGGACACGAGAGUUGAACUCGAAGGUCCUCUGAGUGAAGUGACCAAGCAUUUGACGAACAUCCCUAUUCGCGACAUGGAACGUUGGGUGAAUCGUUCAAUAGAGGUUCGUCACCAAGAGGUAGCCAAGAGGAACGGAAAGGUUGCCAGGCCCAUGAAUUCUUUCAUGCUUUAUCGAUCGGCAUAUGCGGACCGGACAAAGCAAUGGUUUGCGCAGAACAAUCACCAAGUGGUUUCCGAAGCAGCAGGUGACAGCUGGAGGCUUGAAUCCCCAGAAAUCCGGCAGAAGUACGAGCUUCUGGCGAAUAUCGAGAAGAGUAAUCACCUUAAGGCGCAUCCUGGAUACAAGUUCUCGCCGUCGAAGGAUAAGAAGAAACGAGCUGGGAGCGAAGAUGUGCGUCCACUGGCCAGCACUCCUGGAUCCACUUCAGCAUUUCUUCAAACCCGUGCCGCGAGCUCUUCGGAAAUUGAUAGUAGUGGAUGGGAAAGUAGGGACUCGACUCCGUUUGACUUUGCUGACCAUGGUUUACACUUGCCUGGGGAUGCCUACCUAUCUUCAUCUGCCUGGCAUGCUAACCAUGGGCGGCCGCACCCUGGCAUGAUUCCCUCCUCUGAACCGUCUCACUACCUCCAUCAAACGAUUCAUGCAGGUCUCGUCCCGCACGUAGAGGAUGUCCGAUUCAAGAAGACUGGUUUGAACGGAAUCCAGUAUGCUACAUCCUCGUCAACUCCACUGGCUGCUCUACCCGGUGCUACACAUCAUGAUCUUCUUCAACCGUCCACUUCGUUGCCGGGUGAUGGACAACUGGAUCCCCAGCUCUUGACCCUGCAGGUCGAGCUCCAGAGCCCGAAUCAGCUCUUUGACAGCUCUCACAGUAUGUGGCAAGACUCUUCUAAUGUCAACUGCUACGCCUCUCCCUCGUCUUCAUUGGCGCCUUACUCAAUCCCUUAUCCCGCGUCGACCUACCCACAGGGAAUACACACCCUAGAGAGCGACCCUGCCCUUGAUGGUACCAGUGGCGAUUUUGACACCUGGAUUAACCAACAGGGCACAACAUACUAA